GAGCAAUCGCAAUACCCAAUCUACAACCUCACAACACCACUCAACCACUUCCCCACCUCCCCAGAGUACCCAGCAACAAACCAGACCUUUCCCUUACGCUACAUCAUCGACACCUCGCACUACCAACCCGGCGGCCCCGUAUUCGUGAUCGCAGGAGGCGAGACCUCAGCGCUGAACCGCAUCCCGUUCCUGUCGCAGGGAAUCGUGCACGAGCUGGCGCGGAUCUACCAGGGGGUUGCGCUGAUCGCGGAGCACCGGUACUAUGGGACGAGUUAUCCGAGCCAACAGCCAGAAGGGAAGAUCCCAUUAUCGAGCCUGAAAUACCUGACCACCGAACAAGCGGUCGAGGACUACGCCUACCUAGCCACGCACCUCCCGCCAAUCCUAGCCACGCUCUUGCCCACAACCAACAACCAUACCAACACCAACACCACCCUCGCCCCCUCCCUCUCCCCGAGGGAUACCCCCUGGAUAAUCUACGGAGGCUCCUACGCCGGCUUCCACGCAGCCCUAACCCGGCGCACCCACCCAAAAACCUACCACGCCGCGAUCUCCAGCUCGGGCGUAACAGCCGCGAUAAUCGACUACUGGCAAUAUUACGAGGCGAUCCGGCUGCACGCCCCAAAAGCCUGCGUGGAGACGCAACAAACCCUCAUCGAAUUCACAGAUAGGGUUCUCCGGUACCCUGCACCCGAGUACAGGGCCCAGCUGAAGGGGAUCUUCGGUGGCAGAGCCCCGGGGCUGGACGACCAGGCGUUCGUGGCGGAGCUUACGGCGCCGUUGGGGUUGUUUCAGGAUCGGAAUUGGGAUCCUAGGGUCGGGGGAUGGGGGUUCGCUUGGUAUUGUGGGAAUCUUACUUCUCCUAUUAUUGUGGAUGAGGGAGUGGAGGGGGAGGUUGGGGGUGUUGUUCGGGGUUUGGUUCAGGGGUUUGGGCAUGAUGAGGGUAGGAAGGAAGAAUUGGUGAGGGCGGUGGUUAAUUGGGUUGCGUUUAUCAGACGGAUGGGGGUUUUUGAGGACGAUGCUAAGGAUGAGAUCGAUAUUGAGGGGCAGGAUAAACUCCUCCCUCGCUCCGCCUCCACCAGCUGGAACUACCAGGUCUGCACGGAAUGGGGCUACUUCACGCCCGGCGCCACGGUGCCUGCGCACAUCCGUCCGCUGGUCUCCCGCCUGCUGACCCUGGAGUACUGGGUCGACAUGUGCAAUGCCACGUACGGCAUCACCGAUCCGCCCGACGUGGACCGCAUCAAUCGCCACGGCGGGUUCGCCUUCUCGUAUCCCCGUGUCGCGCACAUCGGCGGUCUAGCGGAUCCGUGGCGCGAGGCCACGCCGUUUGCCACAGGUCUGCCGCCGCGGAACGCCACGGCGGAGGAGCCGAUGCUCCUCAUGGAGGUGUCUGCGGACGAGGUGUACGAUGGUAUGGAGGGGGCGGUGCAUCAUUGGGAUCAGAAUGGGGUGUUUGGCGUCGACGAGGGGAAGCGCGUGGUGCCGCCGCGGGGGGUGCGCGAGGCGCAGGGCGAGAUUGUUGGGUUUGUGGGGGGGUGGUUGGGAGAGUGGAGG